UGCAUGAAGGGCGUAGUUCAAUGCCACUAGUAUUUAUAGACGCAGACAUUGUAGUAUAGCAAUUCGUCGUUCCAAACCAUCUAGAUCGCAUCAAGGAGUAUUUCCUAAAGUAUAACUUUCACAAUGGCACCAGCACCUUGCAAAGUUCGGCACGCUCACCGAGAUGACGUAUCAACUAUUCUCGACUUGAUCCGGGAGCUGGCCGACUACGAGCACGAGCUCGAUGCCGUCGAAGCAACCGAGGCCACAUUGCUUUCCACCAUAGCCUUCGCUCCUAAGGAUGUUGAAUCGACCUCUACUUCCCCAAUCACGGAGCCCACAUCCCCGUCUAGACCGGCGCGUUGCCUCCUCCUAUUCAACGAGGAAGGAAAACCAGCCGGUAUGGCGCUGUACUUUUAUAAUUACAGCACGUGGCGAGCAAAAGCAGGCAUCUAUCUCGAAGACUUGUUCGUCCGACCGACAGAGCGGAAGAAGGGGUACGGGAAGAAGCUGCUCGUUGAGUUGGCAAAGGAAGUGGUCGCAACAAACGGUGGUAGACUCGAGUGGAGUGUGUUGAAGUGGAAUGAGCCUAGUAUCAAGUUCUACGAAUCCAUCGGAGCUAAGCCGAUGAACGAAUGGGUUGGCAUGCGAGUAGAUCGCGAGGGCCUAACCAAGUUGGCUGGUCUUUUAGACUGACCGAGUUUUGUUGGCAAGACAUGCGCCUUAACCUUGGA